AUGCCGUACCCAUUGGGGUCGUCUCUUUGGGUCAAGUGCGACGACGGAGAGUGGUGGCCCGCUACCGUCCGUGAAGUGGAGACUGAGUUGCUUCUCAGCAUGGGUAGUGAAUACGACACCUGCAUUGAAUUCUAUCAUGACCCAGGAAACUUUUAUCCACUAGACUCUACUAGCGGAGGCGUGCGACUUCUACACCUUGCAGUCGAGGAAAGAGACAAGGAUGAGCAGCGCCUGUUUAAUGUGAGUGCGACGAAGGAGGCCGUAAGGCGGUUACUUGAGGAACGCAGCGGCACACCCACGGCGUCUCCCACCGAAGAUUCGCAACCUUACAGUGCAGCGGAAAUGCGAUAUAUGAGGUCCCUUGUAGAUUCAGUGAGCCCAGAUUCUGCCGCUGUGAUGCAAAAUUCGUUAAAGCAAGAGGGGGUGAAUAUUUCUAGAAGGAACAUCCGGCGUGUGGCAAGGAAGGAACGUUCUAGCAAGUCAAAGGUUUCGCGUUCGCGCACUUCCGUGGAGGAACGGAGCACAGUACGGUUGACAAGUAGCCUGGGUUCGACACAAAGUAGUAAAAGUACCAAUCCAACACCCCCAUUAUCUUGUGGUAGGUCUUCUUCCUCGUGGAGAAGGAGGUCUGGGGGGCGUGGUGGAGUAGAAGUGUAUGGGGAGUGUGUGUUUCAGGAGGCUGUCGAUGCCGCUACGUUGGAUGUACUACGUGCUGAAGUCUUCGGAAAUCCUGACCGGUUCGUUCUUUCACCCUUGUACCGCUUCCUUGAUGUGUUAGGCGCGGUGUCAGUCGAGGGUGAAAGCAUAGAAACAACACUUCCAUCCCCAGCGGCAGUAAACGAAGAGCCACCUCAGGGGUUUUCCCCUUCUCGGCGUGUUCUUCUGGUUCCUCUGUCAUCGUCGUCUUACAACCACACGGAUGGCUGGUUGGAGUCUUUCGAGUUUGAGAAUAAGAGAAUAGCCAUGGAACUGUUUGUGAACGGUUUGAAGGUUGUCACCCCUCCCAACCCGUCGGUACCCUCUGGGAGGGAAAGUGUGGCCGUAAAAACGACACCUGUUGCGGAUAUAACGGAAAUGGUCUCGGGGAAAGAGUUGUUUUCACUGCGUGUGCACUUUACAGGACUCAUGGAGGAUGCGACGUUGUGGGAAGGUUAUAUCGUUGCUGUUUACGUGGAGCGCACCGGCGUUGAUUUGCUAGCCGAGCGAAUUGUCUCCAACUACCAUUCGUCGCCAGCGCAACGGGAGGUUGAAGGUGUUGUUGAUGUGCAGGUUAGGGCCGUCUGUCCCAUAACUGCGCUGCCACUAAGUGUUCCUGUUCGUGCCUGUGGUUGUGAGCACGUUCAGUGCAUUGAAUUACAGGCCGUGCUGAUGCACUGCGAUCGUACAAAUGUGUGGAACUGCCCGCUUUGCUGGGCGCCCAUGACACCAGAAACUAUUGCAGUGAAUUAUAGGUUAAAAGAGUGGUUGGACAGUAACAGAUCACGCGUAAAUAAGGUAGAUUUCAUCGUUGAAACCCCUCCUGGUCGGAACCUGAACGUCGUUUGGAGGAAGAACGAACCGAGAAAGAUUGACAACAUCGAAACGCUUGAGUAG